CCUGCUGAUCUAGCAGUAGCCUGCAGUGCUGCAUUUAACCACUGCGCCACCUCGGCUCUCAUACAAAUGGACACGCCCUUCCCUUCUUUUGAUAAUCAGGCAAUCUAGUUUUCCAAAGAAAAAAAUUCUCCUUUUCUACCGUGUUUCCCCAAAAAUAAGACAGGGUCUUAUUUUCUUUUGACGCCCCCACCCCAAAAUAAGCGCUUGGCCUUAUUUUCGGGGAGGUCUUACUAUUUAGGAGGUGGGGAGCGUGGUCACCUUCAUGGCUGCUGCUCUGUUGCAAUAUUUUCAGGGGAGGUCUUAUUUUUGGGGGAACAGGAUAUCCUUUCUCUAUAAACUCUAGUCCAAGACUGGGGAAACUUAAUGCUUCUCUCGUAGAUCCUAAUUAACACAGAUCCAGGUAAUCGUUGACUUGAAUUUCUGUCGCAAGUUGGCAUGGUCAUAAGUCGAGUCAUCGCAUGGCCGGACCCAAAUUACCACGGUCAAAAGCAAGUUAACCCCAUCUGUUAACGCAGAUGUGACAGUUAAAUAAAUCCAGCUUCCUGGUGGGCUUUAUUUUUUAUUUUAUUUUUGGCCAGCGUUCAGAGGGGAAAAAAUUCACAGUAGCAGCCAGUUUCAAGCGUAAGCUGUUUGCCAAACACCCAAAUCGCGCUCGCAGUGCAACGGUCAUAAGCACGAGCACAAAUCGUGAAGCGCUUUCCCUGAGGCCGCCGUAACUUUGAACCGACGUUAAGCAAAGAAUCAUAAGUCAAGGACUACCUGUAAUGCUCGUGGACAGGUGAUUGUCUAAAAUCCCCUGAAAAACACCUGGGUUUACUUGCCAUUGAUCUAGUCCGUGAUUCCUGCUAGGAACAUUGAACAAAAUGUUAAGUAGGAGAGACUUCCGUGGGUUAAAUGUCACCUGGAACAUUCCUCACAGCUUAAGGCAUUCAGAUGCGUUGCUGUAUCUGUCGGUCUCCGUGUCUGUCUGUCGUCUACCCGUGCACCCAUCUGUCCGUCUUGCCUGCCUCCUGGCCAAGAAAGUUUUAUCAGGAUGCUAAAACUAUCGUUUGUUCCUUCAGCCAGCAAGCGCUCUGCAUCAGCACUCAACCUCAAACAGCCCGAAACGCCCCUCCACAAGCGCCUCUCCUCAUCCGCAGCGCUUCUCAAUUCUCCCAGCGUAGGCGCAGCUAAAAGGAGCUCUUCCCUAAACAGGCUGAAUAACAAAGGAUCUCUGAGUUCGGAGCAAGGACUACUCAACGCUUCGCAAGCAGAGCAGAAAGGAGAACCAGAGAAAAAACGGAGUUCAUCGUUGAGCAGAAUGAGCAAUAAACUUCCCGAAAUAGAAAACAUACAGAAAGAAGAAAAAGCAGCUUCCGUCAGCUCCCCAGCCCACCUCCCCAAAGUGCCAUUACGUAGCCGCAGCACAGACCGGUUGAAGGGAGCGGCUUCCUCCUCCGAACACGCCCCGUCGGAAUCCGCACAGAAACCUGAGCCAGCCAAGCAGCCCCCGUCUUCCACAGGGAGGAGAGCGCCUUCCCCGUCUCUGCCUGGCUCCAGGCGCUCCAUCUCACCCGGGAACGUGGGGAAGCUCCCUCCGUCUCCAGCAACAAUAAGACGCAGGCCGCAGCCGUCUUCCACAAAUGUCUCGCGGCAGCGGCCAUCCUCACCCAUGGCGGUCCCUAAACCGGCCCCGAUUCAGCGCCCACCCCUCACCCCGAACGUCCUCGGCGUCACCAAAAAGAAGAGCGAGGUGGAGAGCAGUGCGGCUCCCCAGGAGCUGGAAACCACCGGGCUCCCCUCGGAGAAAGAAUCGCCCGCCGGACCGCCUAAAACCAAAGAAGAUGCGAGUGGCAAAACUCUUCCAGGGACCACAACCGCUGAAGAAGCAUCGAAGAUCUUGGCAGAGAAACGCCGCCUUGCCCGGGAACAGCGAGAGCGUGAAGACCAGGAAAAGCUUCAAAGAGAAGAGGAAGAAAGAAUCCGGAAGGAGGAGCUGGCCAGCUUAGCCCAGGAAAAGCAGGCGCAGGAGGAGGCCGCCCUCCGAGAGAUGGAGGAGCUGAAGAGAGCAGAAGAAGAGGAGCAGCAGCAGCUGGCCGAGAAGGAGCGGAUUCAGAAGGAGCAGGAAGAGCAGGAGAAGCUGGUGGAGCUUCAGCUGCAGCGGGAAGAAGCCGAGGCAAAGGCUUUCGAAGAGGCCGAGAAACAGCGGCAGGAACGGGAGCGGAUUAUGCAGCAGAACCUGCAGGAGAGGAUGGAGAGGAAGAAG